GUACUAUUUGUCCAAAUAUUGCAUAACUAUUAGCAUUAAAUUAUUGUAGCAUCAAAUAUUCUAGUUACAAACCAAUUAGCACACAUUAAUAACAAAUGACGCAUUAAAAACCGCUGCAAGAAACAUUCAAUUCGUAAUAACUACUUUUUCAUAAAACCAAACGCCCAGCGAAUUAGCAAUACCCACUUUGAAUGUGGAAAACAGAGGCAGAAUGUUUGCCGCCCAACAGCUGAACAGUUUUCGUUAAAAAAAAGACGAUUUCCGAGCGAAUGGCGCUUAGACGCAGGCGUUCCCGCCCUCAGUCAGUGCUUACUCGACCGCGGCGCGAGACGCACGCAUCGUCUGCGGCCGCCAAACCGAAUCAAGAGAUCGCGACAUAAAAAAAUACACCCCCAAAGUUUACGUUAACUAAUAUUGAAUCUGUACUUUGAAAUAAUCUUAAUUCAGUUCCCCCGUUUCGAAUGUAAAGUGAUUUAUUUGAACAGUGCGUGUUACUGUGCGACUGCAAUAAAAGCGAGGGAAAGCUGUUUGCUGUCAUCUGUCAAAAACGUUGAGAUGGAGGCGAAAGUGAAGGAGGAGGUCCCGGACAAGGACUACACACAGCCGACCACCACCGAGAGGAGGAAAUCCACAACGACGAGCAAAGAGCAUCGGUCGCCGGAGCAGGAGGAGGCGCGUUCGUCCCCAACACCAGGCCCGCCCAGUCCACUCAACAAUGGCACUGCUGCAGCCCUGUCAUCAACGGAGUCCCUAUCACCACCGUUGGCAGAGGGUUCUCGGUCCGCUCCAGCGCUGCAGCGGUUGAGGAAGUUCCUGUCAGCGCUGCAGCAGUUCGCUACCGACGUAGGAGCCGACACCGGCGAGAGAGUGCGCCAACUCAUUCACAACCUUGUAUCUGGCACCGUGAACAUCGAAGAGUUCCAAGCAGGAGUACAGGAGUGCACCAACUAUCCUCUACGAGCAUCAGUACCAGGGUUCCUCAGGGCACUGCUACCUCUCGCACAGAGAGACUUACAUGCGAGGGCUAGGAGGGCUAAACAGACUCCGCUGCAGUACAUCAGAUCACACGAGCACCUGAUCUUGGAGUCAGGUGGUGACAGUAGCGACAUAUUUGCUCAGCAUCCACCCGGCACUGCCGCGGAGACGGGCGUCAAACGACGAGCCAGUGACCCGUUCUACGACGCUCCUCAAACGAACGGCUCCCACGAGGAGUACCCGCCACAGGCCAAGCGCACAGCCUCCAGUCUCUUCCUGAACCCAUCGCCGUUCCUCUACCCGUUGCCUAGCAACGCCAGCCUCUUUGACUAUGGACAUCCUUACCACACCUACCAUGGAAACCAGGAACCAGGCUAUGAGAGGCGAGAUGGUGGUAUAACAGUCCGUGACGUAUCCUCAAUGAACGCGCCGUUCGCGGAGCCCCGCGGGCUGGGCGCUGCGCCCUCCGGCCUGCUGAAGACCGACGACGAGUGGAAGAACAUCAACACCAUGCUGAACUGCAUCCUCAGCAUGGUGGAGAAGACCAAGAGGGCACUCGCUAUACUGCAGCAGAGAGGAGUGGAGCCAACAGAAAGUAAUGACAUAAAGCGGGCAGCCAGCGAGAUCAUGGCGACAGCAGUCAGGCAGACCGAGGAGAGAGUGGCAGAGGUGCGGAGACGAGCUGAGGAUGCUGUCAACCAGGUGAAACGCCAAGCGCUUCUGGAAUUGCAGCGAGCAGUGGGUGCGGCAGAGACGAAGGCUUUAGAACUGGUCGCGGCCGAGCGCGGGAAGGUCGAGCGGCUCGGGGAACGGCGGCACUCCCCACCGCCCGGCAGGGAACUCAGCCCUAAUGCUAGCUCGCAGCAAAAUUGUUGCUGGAACUGCGGCCGCAAAGCCCAGGAGACCUGCUCCGGCUGCAACGCGGCGCGGUACUGUGGAGCCUUCUGCCAACACAAGGACUGGGAAAAUCACCACCAGGUAUGCAGCGGCCGCGACCAAAAACCAACAGCCUUGCGGACAUCACCUCCCACGACGCAGCCCUCCCUGCCGAAGCCCCUGACUCGCGCGAGCACCCCCGUGGCGGCGGCCAGCGCGGGCGCUCCCCUACCGGACGGGCGCCUGGCGCUCACCACGCUGGCGUCCGACCGACUGCUCACCACGCAGGACAGGACCGACCGACUCACCCUCGCCUCCCUCUCGUCAGCGCAAGGACUCAUCGGGAUCGGAAAGAAAUGACGCCUGAACAAGGAGCCGUUUGCAAGCAACGUCAGGUUCCCUAGGAAAGUCAGGCGGUAGACUGUUUAGGCGGAAUAAACGGGCUCGGUUAUAUGUUUCUUUCAAGUGAAUGGAAUUGUUGUUUUCAUAGUUAUUGUUACUUUUACGUUUACGUUAUAGCAUAACGUAUUUUCUGGUGAAAAGUGAGUGUUACUAAAGUGUGCACCUCUGCUUACCUCUAUCGGAGAGUUAAUAGCGUGAUUUUAUAUAAGUUCAAGAUGAAAAUAUUUUAUGUAAAAUAAAAUCACUUUAUUUCUUGAAACACUUUUCUAUGCAAUUUGGCUGUGCUCUACCGUGGGCGUGUUUUGUUUUUUUACCUGACUGCCAGAGAAGAGGUUAUGUCUUUACAAUUUUGUUCCUCGUUGUGAUCUUUUUUUUAAGUUUAAGUAAUUUAAUAUUUAUUAUUAAUAAAGUAUACCAAAGAAUAUUGUUUUAAGAUGUCUGUAAAUAUAAUUGUUGAAGUAGUUUUAUACUUUUUUCACUGUUUUUCUGUACAGCACGCAUCAGGAAAAUUUUCUUGAAUAGGGAUGAUGGCGGGGUAUGAAAAUUAAAAAUCUAUUUAGUCCGUCAGUUAGGUAAAGCAAAAAUAUUAGACACGUAUUUUUUAUUUUGUCAUAUUAGAUAACAAUACUUAGAUAAAAACGAAUCAAAGUUAAGGAUUGGGAGCUAAUACUUCGUUUCUACGUAUAAAAUGUACCUAGAAGUGACGUCACGUGGUAUUUCAAAUCGAAAUAUAUCUUCGAAAGUAUUUGUUUCCGAAAGAAAAUAGAAAGAACGUGUGUAAUAUUUUAAAAUAAUCUACAAGACGGACAUUAAAAUAAAAAAUAGUCAUCUCCCCUAUUAUUAAAUAAUUUAUAGGCUAAUAGGAUCAAUCUACUUCACUUUGGUCUCAUAGUAAGUCUGUUUUAGCAUUUUUACUAUCUGACAAGUUUAGAUAUAACAUAACAUAUAAUAAAAUCUUACACAUUAAAAAUUGUUAUUUUCUUUUUUUUAAUUAUCUGUAAAUAUUUCUUAUAAACUCGCAAUGCAAGUACAUUAGGUACAAUUACAUUAUAAAAAUGCAAUUAAAUUUUAAUUUAAAUUAAAUUAAUAUAAAAGAGUUGUGACAUAUAUUUGUAUUAGUUUUAUUAAUUUUAAAUAAAAACCGUGUAAUAUAUAAAUUGUGUAAAAAUGUAUCUAUGUAGUACCUAAUUUAUUUAUUGUUGUUAAUUAAUAUUAAAUAAUAAUUCAAAUAAAUUUACUGUUAAAAGUAAAGUCAACAUCAUAAAUAUAUAAAUAUAUAAACAACAUCUAAUAUCAAAAUAAAAUAAUUAUAACUGCCUCGUUGGUCUCGGGUAAAGUAUUAUUAAGGUUUUUUCGAUUUUUCGAAAAUUUCUCAGUAAGUAGCACGGAACCUGGAAUUGUGUCCAGUAUAUGGCAAUAGGCUCACCCCCUAUUACAUCGGACUUAUAACACAAAGGAUGAAAAGUGGGUACACUGUACAUUGCAUAGCGGUAUUACGUGCCGUAAUGUGCACCUCUGCCCACCCCUUCGGGGAUAAACAAGGCGUGGCGUUGUAUUGUCUAAUACAUAAGUAUACGAAGAUAUAUAAAGACUAAAUAUAUAUGAUGUUGACAUUGUACGAAUGUAAAUAUUAAAAAAAACUAGAAACAUGAUUUCAACGAUAUUUGACUUGUAAGAUAAAUAGCUUGUAAUACGAACUUCAAAUACUAUGUAUAAUCAAACAUAAUUAAUCUGUCUGCACGUAUAUCAAUAUUUUACAUGUUCUCGCAGAUUUUAGUAUCCAUACUACGGUAUUUAUUAUAUGUGAAAUAUAAUUAUAAUAAAACUUUUUUUAAAAAAAAGGUAACCGCCUUCAAUUUUCUUUACCGCCUCGAUUUUUUUUUUGAGUUAAACAUUAUUCCAAAAUCUGAAAAAUACUAUGCUGAAAACGGCAUCAAAAUCGGUUCAGCCGAUUGCGAGAUAAGUCGGUUAAAAAUCAGAUCUCGCUUUCUUAUUGUUUUUGUUUUGUAAUUCCACAAACACAUAUUUCUUUUGAUGAAGAAAAAAAGAUAAUUUACAUAUUCGUUGUUAUAACUUACUUUUUUACUAACCGAAAAACAUAUUAUGCAGUAUUUAAACAUUAUACUAUUAUGUGUAUAAUAUCAUGAAUAAAUCAAACAAAACACAUCUUUAUUCUUUGUACAAUAAAGUGCAAUAUUAAUAAUAAUCGAUGUAUAAAAUUUCGAAUUUAAUAAUGACUAAGUAUUGUAUUAGUAAUGCAACGUUUGGUUUGUACCUCACUAAGUUCUGUAACAACAUUUGA